GUUUACACUUUCCUAAUUUUUUCUAUUUCACCAACCCUAACUAUGUAUUAAUAUUCCGGACGUGUAGCUCAACAAGUUACCAAAGACUGAAAAUUAUCAUCGAAUGGAAACGAUAGGAAUUGAACUUCGGCACACUGUGCUUAUUGUCGAUAAUAUUCUCUCGGUUUCUUCCAUCCUUUGUUCCAUACUGAUGAUCCUUGGCUAUUGUUUUAUACGAGCCACUGACAAAUCUGUAGACCGGCUGUCAUUACGAUUAUUGGUCGAAACAUGCAUCUUCAACAUAAUAUUCGGCGUCAGUCAGCUGUUACUGAACAGCGAGUACUCCAUUGGCAGCGACCCAAGAUGUAACGCAGUCAUGACGGUGUUCGUAUUUUCUGACUUGGCAUCUUCUCUACUAUUAACGUGUAUUGCAAUCAACCUAUUGUUGAUCAUAUGCUAUGAACCGCAACUCAAAGUAUCUCGAAGAGCACUGGAAAUCCUCUAUACUUUAGGAAGUAUCCUCUUUUCGGGUUUCAUUGCUGCAAACCCGUUCUUCUCCCCAAACAAGGUUUACGAUUACAGUGAUAGUCUCCAUCAAUGCUGGUUCGCGUAUUCUACUCCACCAAAGGAUGAACAAAUAUUUUGGCAACUUUGGACAUUUCAUUUCUGGCAGAUGACAGGUGUCAUUACCUCAAUAGUGUGCUUUUCUAUUGUGUUGAUCAAAUUACGAAGGGAAGAAAUUCACAUUGACGACAACCUGGAAAGUGCCCAAAACUCAGUGACCAAGUGGAUGGUUUCAGAGAAUGCUGAAGAGGUUGAAAAUGAUGAAAGCACCGAGCAAGCCGAAGAACACAAAAAUACAUUCAAUGAAGCCAUUAGACGCCAAGGGACAGAUUUGAGCGAAAGGAUUACUAUCCUCAAGUUUUUCUUACCUCGUAGGUGGUUUCGAAAGACCGAAAGGCAUAGAGCUGCACACGCUGCCAUCACCCAAAAUCGCCGCGUAUCCUUUGUGUCAAGAACUAUUCGACAGGUCAUUUGCUAUUUGGCAGUUUUGAUUAUCACUGAAAUCUUCAACUUUGGAAGUUUGAUCGACCUUAUCGUAUCCUCUCGGUACCAACCCAUUUACUAUUUUCUAGGCUACUUAUCAACCGGUGCUCGAGGCCCGUUACUCCUUUUGUGCUUUUUGAUUGAUCCCAGUCUAUGGUCAGCAUGGGAAGUCUAUAGCAAUCGUAAAAAGGCAGAAAGGAUGCUUAAGUCAAUGGAAACCGCAUCUGCGAGUGAAGUAAUCAAUUCUACUGCGACUUUUACACCAGUACAAACUUCUGAUUUGGAUAGCAUACUCAACAGCUGCUGAAAUUGAAGUUCGCCGUCCGGGUAUCUGACUUUGGGUAAAGCGCGAAU